CAGAUGCUAACUGAAAAUGAGUAAGGACAAACACACCGAAGAAGAAGAUGAUGACAGUGAGCAGUUUGAAGACUUUACGGAGAACUUUAACCAACUGGAGCUGCUGGAGACGCACAGGCAUUUGAUUCCCGUAGGAACUCAGAGCUGUUGGUCAGGGCAGUCUGAUGAUGAUGAUGAUGAUGAACAAGAAAGAAGUGAGGAAUGGUACGAAAUGCAAGAAAAAAAGAUGGAAAAAAACCCGGAGAAGUUGCUGCUGUGGGCAGCUGAAAACAAUCGGCUGAGCACAGUGAAGAGGCUCCUUUCUGAAAAGCUGGCUCCCGUUAAUGCUCGUGAUGAAGAUCAGUACACUCCUCUCCAUCGCGCUGCCUACAGCGGGCACUUGGACAUUGCACACGAGUUGGUCGCCCAAGGGGCAGAUGUGCACGCGCAGACAGUGGACGGCUGGACACCUCUGCACAGCGCCUGUAAGUGGAACAAUACCAAAGUGGCCGCGUUCUUACUUCAGCAGGGCGCCGACAUCAACGCACAGACAAACGGUUUGCUGACACCGCUGCAUAUUGCUGCAGGAAACAAAAACAGUAGAGAGACCCUGGAACUCUUGUUGAUGAAUCGCUACGUGAAACCAGACCUGAAAAACAACUUGGAUGAAACGGCCCUUGACAUUGCUCGGAGGACUGAUAUAUAUCACUACCUUUUUGAAAUAGUAGAAGACUGCAUAAAUGCUGUCUCCCCUUAAAAGCUGUGAUUAAGCUUGUGAAUGUGAGGUUUGCUGCCUCUUUUUUUGCAUUCUGCAUGCUCAUUGGUGGUGGUCUGGCCCUUUGCAACUCGGUUGUCACCUAAGAUACUUUAGUAUUCUCAGCAAAAUGUCACUUCUUGUCACUCAGCUCAGUGGCCUCGCUCAUACUCCGAAGCGUUACUGCUGUUA